GCUCUAUUGGUUAGCCACCUUCUGUUAGAUAAUUUCAAAAAAUGUCAUCCCCUCCCUUUCAGCUCGCCGUCUUCAGUACAAAAUCCUACGACAGAAGCUACCUUGACACCACCCUAAAAGCCCAUCCAACGCUAUCAAAUACCGUAAGCAUAGCCUACCAUGCCUUCCCGCUCAGCCUCGAAACCGCACCCCUCGCCGCAUCCCACGCGGCAGUCUGUGCCUUCGUGAACGACACUCUCGAUGGCCCCGUUCUCCGCACCUUACACGAAGGCGGCACACGCGCAAUCCUCCUCCGCUGUGCGGGCUUUAAUAACGUCGACCUCGUGGUAGCCGAAGAACUCGGCCUGUUCGUCGCGAACGUACCCUCUUAUAGCCCUGAAGCAGUCGCCGAAUUCACGAUCACGCUGCUACAAACACUUAACAGGAACAUCCAUAAGGCAUAUAACCGGGUGCGCGAGGGGAAUUUCAAUCUCGAGGGUUUCCUUGGGAUGACACUCCACGGGAAGACAGUAGGGAUUGUGGGCGUGGGGAGAAUUGGAUUGGCGCUUGCGCGGAUUGUAAGGGGUUUCGGGUGUAGGUUGCUAGCGGCGGAUCCGAAGCCGGCGGUUCCGGCGGAAGAGUUUAAGAAUGAGUAUGGGGGUGAGAUUGUGGAGUUGAGGACUUUGCUGGCGGAAAGCGAUGUUGUUAGUUUGCAUUGUCCGCUUACGGCAGGGACGCGGCAUAUCAUUGAUGCUGAGAAUUUGGGUUAUAUGAAGCGGGGCGCUUUGUUGGUGAAUACCUCACGCGGUCCGCUGGUCAAUACCAAGGCUGCGAUAGAGGCAUUGAAGAGUGGACAGUUGGGUGGGCUUGCGCUGGACGUAUAUGAAGAGGAGGGGGCGUAUUUCUAUAACGACCAUUCGGCGGAGAUCAUCCAUGAUGAUACGUUGAUGCGGUUGAUGACGUUUCCGAAUGUGCUUGUUUGCGGACAUCAGGCUUUCUUCACGAGGGAGGCGCUGACGGAGAUUGCGGGGACAGUGUUGAGUAACAUGGAGGAUUGGAUUGAGGGCAGGCAUUGUGGCAAUUCGCUAGUUAGGGAAGGACAUCUGGUCGCGCCGGAAGGAAAGGAGCCCGUUAGAAUUUAGUAUUGAUGGAUUGGCGGUAGUGUCUUGUAUUAGGUACAAGGUAGUAUAUGAUAUAGCAGUGGUAGCCUGGUAUAUACAGCUGCGUCAACAAACAUUAAGCGAGUAAGCCGGAAAGAAAA